AUGUCUACUAAAUUUUCCAGAAAAAAUUCACUAAUUUACUUACCUGGAGGUGAAAUAUUUCGUCGUGUGUCAAAUAGUAUUCGUGGGGCUGGAGUUAUUGAUGCUGUAGCUCAAGCUGCUUUUAAUGAAAAAAAAUGGGUCUGGGUUGAGGAUAAGAAUGAUGGUUAUGUUGCUGGUUAUAUUACAAAAGAAAUAGGGAAUCAAGUGGAAGUCCAUUUUAAUGACUAUUCGUCCCGCAUUGUUGACGUGGACGAAACCGAAAAAAUGAAUCCACCUAAAUUUGACAAAGUUGAAGAUAUGGCUGAUCUAACUUAUCUAAAUGAAGCAUCUAUUAUACAUAAUCUACGACAAAGAUAUUUUUCAGAUUAUUUUUAUACAUAUUCAGGGCUCUUUUUGGUCGCAGUGAAUCCUUAUCAUGAUUUCCCAAUAUAUACAGAUGAAAUCAUACAAUCUUAUAAAGGUAAACGUAGACAUGAAAUGCCACCUCAUAUAUACGCUAUAGCCGAUUCUGCUUAUCACAAUAUGCUACAAGAGCGUGAAAAUCAAUCAAUUCUAAUAACCGGAGAAUCUGGUGCAGGAAAAACUGUAAACACAAAAAAAGUUAUUCAAUAUAUAGCAGCAAUUGCUAGUGAUAGCUCAAAGAAGUUGGGUAAACUUGAGCAACAAAUACUUCAAGCUAAUCCUAUACUAGAAGCAUUCGGAAAUGCUCAAACUAUCAGAAAUAAUAAUUCCUCUCGUUUCGGGAAAUUUAUUAGGAUCGAAUUCAAUUCGUAUGGUCAAAUUGCUGGUGCCAAUAUUGAAAGAUAUUUAUUAGAGAAAUCCCGUGUCACACAUCAGACUCCUGAAGAACGUAACUUUCACAUUUUUUAUCAAUUAUUAAAAGGAGCUCCACAAGAAUUCAAAAAGGAUUUCUUGUUGGAUGAUACAUUGGAUGAUUAUCGAUUUACAAAAUUUUCAAGACAAGAUAUUGAUGGUGUUGACGAUUCAAUUGAAUUUAAUAAUCUUAUGGAUGCUAUGAAUAUAAUAGGGAUGACAAUUGAAGAACAAAUGAAUUUGUUUCGUGUAAUAGCAGCAAUCUUACAUCUUGGAAACAUUAAAGUGACAUCUAAUCGUGACGACCAAGCUCAAAUACCAGAAACAUCUGUAUCGGAAAAAGUUUGUCAUCUUCUUGGUAUACAUGUAUCGGAUUUUAUUAAAGGUCUAGUCAAACCUCAAGUUAAAGCUGGUCGCGAAUGGGUUGCCCAAUCGCGCACAAAAGAACAAGUCUUAUACUCGAUAGAUGCUUUGGCAAAGUCAUUAUAUGAAAGAAAUUUUGGUGCGUUGGUAGAACGAAUUAAUAAGGCUACCGAUAGACCAACCAAUAAAUCUAAUUUUAUUGGCGUAUUGGAUAUUGCUGGUUUUGAAAUAUUUCAGACAAACAGUUUUGAACAAUUAUGUAUAAAUUAUACCAAUGAAAAAUUACAACAAUUUUUCAACCAUCAUAUGUUUGUAUUGGAACAAGAAGAAUAUAGACGUGAAAGUAUUGAAUGGAAAUUUAUCGAUUUUGGUUUGGAUCUACAACCAACGAUCGAUUUAAUUGAAAAAGUUAAUCCGGUGGGAAUAUUGUCAUGUCUUGAUGAAGAAUGUGUUAUGCCAAAAGCAACUGACAAAACUUUUGUAGAAAAAUUACAUAGUUUAUGGAAAGACAAAUCAUCAAUAUAUCAAGUUCCGCGUUUUCAGCAAGGUUUCAUAUUACAACAUUAUGCUGCUAAAGUAGAGUACAGAACUGAAGGAUGGCUUAAUAAAAACAAAGAUCCGUUGAACGAAAAUAUUACUAAACUACUGGCUUACUCAAAUUGCGAAUAUAUUGCAUCUUUAUUCCAAGAUUUUUAUGGUGACAACAAUAACAUUAUAGAUUAUGGAACAAAAAAUCGUGUUAAACGUGGUGCCUUUAGAACUGUAGGACAUCGCCACAAAGAACAAUUACAUUCAUUAAUGAAACAAUUAUACUCAACUCAUCCACAUUUUGUCCGAUGUAUUGUUCCUAAUGAAGAGAAAAAGCCAGGAAAGAUUUAUGUGCCAUUAGUACUUGAUCAAUUAAGAUGUAAUGGUGUUCUUGAAGGCAUUAGGAUAUGUCGUACUGGAUUCCCUAAUCGAUUGGGGUUUGUCGAAUUUCGUCAACGUUAUGAAAUCUUGGUCCCAGGGAUUAUUCCUGAUGGAUUUAUUGACGGCAGAGAGGCUGCACGGCAAUUAUUGGAGGCUUUUAAUCUGGAUAGUUCACAAUAUCGUAUUGGAUUAAGCAAAUUGGCAGAAUUAGAAGAAAUAAGAGAUGGCAAAUUAGCGCAUGUUUUUACACGUUUUCAAGCAUAUUGUCGUGGUCAUUUGGCAAGAAAACAAUAUGAAAUAUUAUCUAAAAAAGUUCAAGCAGCACGGAUCAUCCAAAAGAAUGUAAGGGUUUAUAACCAAUUAAGAAAGAAUUCAUGGUGGAAUCUUUAUUCCAAAGUCAAACCGACCUUGAAUACUACUCGUUGGGAGGAACAAAUAAAACUUAGGGAUAAUCGUAUACGCGAAUUGGAGGAGAGAUUGAAAUUCGAGACCCAGGAACGGGAAAGACUUGAAGCCUUAACUGUGCAAUUGGAAUCUGAAAAGACGGUGUUGGAAGAAACAUUGGACGACGAGAGAGUUUUAGCUCAGGGUAACGAGGAAAUAUUAGCUCAAACUCGACAACGAGAACGAGAUUUAGAGGAGGAAGUUGAUGAGUUGACAGAAGAGGUAGAGAAACUCGAAGGAGAAUGUGAACAAUUGGCAAGGUCUAAGGAAACACUUGAAAAUCAAAUGCAAGAACUUGGAUUGCUAGAUGCACCAGAUCAAUUAUUGGUAUUGAAAGAGGCUGAAGAGACACAAAAAGAAGUUAUUAGGCUUGAACGAGCUAAUAAAGCACUUCAGGUUGAGCUUGAUGAAUUGAAAGAGAAAUUGGAAGAUGAGAGGACCGAGAAACAAAAAGGUUCGAUGAACCGACGAAAACUUAUGUCACAGUUACAAGAAUAUCAGAUGAAACUUGAAACAGAUACUCAAAAAUAUAGUGGAUGGGAAGAUUCAGUGGCAUCAUAUAGAGAAAAGAUUACAUCACUGGCCUCAAAUCUUGAGUCGUCAGAAUUGGCACGAAUAAAAGCAGAAAAAUCUGAAGGUCUACUGAAACUCCAUAUAAACGAACUUGAAGAAUCAAUGGUCGAAAUAUGUAUUAGUAAUUUUAUGAAAAUUCAAGAAUUACUAAAAUUUUCCAUCUCUUCAGGGAAAUCCGAAUAA